GUGCCGGAAGCCGAGCAUCUCACUUUUGCAGCUCUGAGUUCCAUGAUGGAAGCACAAAACAUUAGCCCCCUCGAAUUGCGCGAUAUUAUUAGCUCGCCUUGCUCACGGGAGGAAGCCCUUCAAACCAUUCAUACCAUCCUUGAUAUAUAUGGCCACGUCGCUUCAGGUGCAGAUGAUCGAUCGAUUGCGCCACGCUUGGAGCAGCGGUAUCGUUAACGGUACACCUUCCUUUGUCGAAUCGCUGAUCUCCGUUUUUCAUUUCCAGCGACCAAUACAGUAUGACGAAGAAGUCAAGUGGUAUAAAGCACGCUCCGAAGCCCUGAGCAUCUAUGGAUCCAUGCUGUCGCGACAAUUUCCUGAUGAGAUUGAGUCGGAAAUGCGCAUGAUGUUUUUGUCUUCGUUGUUGCAUACAGUGAAAAUUGAAUGUUGGCGAUUGCAGACAAGUGCAGAACCGCCUUUUCCACGGAUUGCCGAGGAACAAAAUGAAAAAUUGUUACUCCAAUGCUCAUCCUUGGUGAUGGUCAUUUUCACACAACAUCCUGGUAUAUUUGACGAAGAUCAGAUGGAGGAGCCCAUUACCGAAGCUUUGUCCAUGUUAUCUGCUGUGACACAGGAGGCAUGGGGAAGUCAUCAUCAAAUUCACAGCAUUAUCCGAAAAAUCCUCAAAAAGUUGCAGGCAUAUCGCAACAAAAAGACCUCCAAGCAUUUACAGAAUUCAUCGCCCAUGAUCAUUGAUUGAUCCGAAUACGUUCGUAACCUGCAAAUUUUGUAUAUAAAAUGAUCAACAUAUGAAGCUCGUAUCAAAGACUCAAGGAUUGGAUUCUACUGGCUCAGAUACAGUGAUUUUUUUUGGUCGUUAAGUUCUUGCUUAUUUAUUCCACGACGGCGCCCUUGGAAGGUGUGAAGCGAAAGGGAG